GACACAAUGAAGAGUGACUUUGUGUUGCUCCUUUCUCUCUUGCUAGUCCUUAUAUCCUGGCUGGAACAUCCUCAGGCCGUUGCAGCAUUGCCAACAAUAUGCAGCCUUCCCCCCAUGAAGGGGAGUUGCGAAAACCGUUUGACCCGCUUUUACUAUAACCAUCAGCACAAACGAUGUGAAAAAUUUGUUUAUGGUGGCUGCCUGGGUAAUGGAAAUAAAUUUCAAACACUUGAGAGCUGCGAAAAAAUGUGCAAAGUAUCAAAAGGUCCUCCUACAAGACCAAUGCCAAGUCCGUCUACACGACCAAUGCCAAGUCCAUCUACAAGACCAAUGCCAAGUCCGUCUACAGGACCAAGCCAGGACCAGUCUGUUGCCCUGCCUACAGUAUGUAGCCUACCCCCAUCCCAAGGACCUUGUGAAAACCGUUUGACCCGUUACUACUAUAACCAUAAUCACAAACAAUGUGAAACAUUUAUUUAUGGUGGCUGCCUGGGCAAUGGAAAUAAAUUUCAAACACCCGAAAGCUGCGAAAAAUGGUGCAAAGUAUCAAAAGUGCUUCCAAUGCCAAGUCCUUCUACAAAAUCAGUGCCAAGUCCUCCUACAAGACCAACACCAAGUCCUUCUACAAGACCAACACCAAGUCCUUCUACAGGACCAAGCCUGGAUGUGUCUGUUGCUCUGCCUACAGUAUGUAGUCUACCCCCAUCCAAAGGACCUUGCACAAACCGUUUGACCCGUUACUACUAUAACCAUAAUCACAAACAAUGUGAAACAUUUAUUUAUGGUGGCUGCUUGGGCAAUGGAAAUAAAUUUCAAACACUCGAGAGCUGCGAAAAUUGGUGCAAAGUAUCAAAAGCCGUGCCUCCAGUAUGCAGACUCCCCCCAUCCAAAGGACCUUGCAACAAUCGUUUGACCCGUUACUAUUAUAACCAUCAUCACAAAAAAUGUGAAACAUUUGUUUAUGGUGGCUGCAUGGGCAAUGGAAAUUUAUUUCAAACAUCUGAUAGCUGCAAAAAAUGGUGCAAAGUUUCAAAAGAAGUGCUUCCAACACCCUCUACACGACCAGAGGAGGAAACGACCACUGCACCUUCAGUUAAAGAAGUCCCCGUUUCAGGCAGAGAAAAUUUGCCUUCAAUAUGCAAACUGCCACCUGAACAGGGGAAAUGUCAGGCAAGACAUACUCGCUACUACUAUAACAUGGAGAAACAUGCAUGUGAAAAGUUCAUUUAUACUGGCUGCUUGGGUAAUGCAAAUCGAUUUCUCACUGCUACAAAAUGCAAUCAGAAGUGUGAAACUAUAACAGGGAUACCUACAAUAUGUACAGUCCCUAAAAAUACAGGGUCAUGCUCAGAAAAAAUUAGCCGCUAUUACUAUAAUCAGAAGAGCAAACAUUGUGAACAAUUCAUUUAUAGUGGCUGCGGUGGUAAUGCCAACAACUUUAGCAGUUCCCAGGAAUGUAAAAGGUUAUGCCUUGCUUAACAGAUCAUCCUAUGCUCAGACUAGCUUCUUCUCUAUAAAAACAAAAACACUGAUGGGCUCGUGGAGCAUGUGACCAAAUUCCAAGGAACAGCGACAACAAAUAAAGAUGGGAUUCUGGUGUUUUAUUCUCUUAUGAAAUCUUCUCCAGAUGCUCCAGUAAAUGUUCUUUUUUCUUGUCA